UAAAAAAUUGAUGUAUUUUCAAGUUCUUUUUCUAACUAUUUUAAACCGAUCAUUUUUUUAUCUGAACGAUCUAUUUCGUUCCAUCAUCGUUCGUUUUCAUCUUCUAAACGACACCGUCUUUUUCCUCAAAAAUUUCGUUUGUUCAAGAACACGAUGCCAUCUCUUGCUGUAGGAGACUCUACAGCUAUUCUGUUCUCCUCUCCUGUUUUUGUUAUGCUCUUCUCUACAUGUAUUCUCAAGGAAGCAUGUUAUGUUUUUCGUAUGUUAGUUGGAGUAUUUCUAUUGGUAGGAGUUGUGCUCAUAGCCAAACCCCCAUCUAUUUUUGGAGCUACAAAUCCUACAUAUGAUGUAAUCGGUUAUAUCAUUGUAAGCUUGGGUUGCUUGAUGUCUGCUAUUGGACUGGUGCUUGCCAAGACAAUAUCUAAACAAGUUGAUAAAUAUUUAACCCUGUUCUACCUGGGUCUAGCAUAUAUAUUAUGUGGAGGGGUUUAUCUUACAGGGAGUGGAGAACUGAGGAUUGGAACUAUACAGGAUUGGAUUCUGGCGGUUUGCAUCAGUUGUUUUGGUAUCUUCCAACAGUUUUGUACUCUCUAUGCACUGUCAAUGGAGUCUCCAGCUACAGUAUCUGUACUCAGACAACUACAGAUAGUUUUAGCUUAUAUUGUACAGGCUGUAUUUUUUGGCCUCCUACCAGUAUGGACAGAUGUCAUCGGAGCAACAUUUAUUAUUGGAGCAGUCUUAGCAAUCAGUUUUGAGAAAAAUAUUGCCAAUUUGUUUAAUCAGAGGAAGGAGACUUUGCCCGUGUAGAAGUUCCUUAUUUCGGAAACUCUCCAGAAAACUCGACUAGUUCUUUGGUCGGUGUACUACAAAACUCGACUAGUUCUUUGGUCGGUGUACUACAAAACUCGACUAGUUCUUUGGUCGGUGUACUACAAAACUCGACUAGUUCUUUGGUCGGUGUACUACAAAACUCGACUAGUUCUUUGGUCGGUGUACUACAAAACACUGCAGUACACAGUACACACAGAUAGCCUAAUUGAGGGUGCAGAGCAGAUCUUCCAAGUUUAAAUGCUAUUUAUUAAAAAUGAAGAAAACUAGCGUAAAUGAAAUGUAUUAUUUUAAAUAUAUAAAGAAAACCUAAAAGCUUUAACUAUUUUUAAAAAAAUAAUUGAGCCUACAUUAUCAAAAAACUCAUGUAAAUUGAGGUAUUAAUUAAAGAUAAAGUACAAAAUCUUUGAGAAGACAUACUUUGCACUUUCAACUCUAACUAUAUGUCUUUUUUAGAUUGUAGGAUUGCAAACACCUUUAAAGGGAGAGAACGAAUAUGUAACAGAUUUAAACUGAGAAUUUAGUAUUGUAGAUAAAAACUUUAGGAUUAAUUUGAUUUAAUUGUAAAAAUACAUUUCUUCUUCUGGCUGAAACAACUGGUGAAAUAUUAAAAACAAC